AUGUCAAGGGCUCCAAUACUCAUCAAGGAUCUGGCCCAGGGAAACCAAAUCUGGAAGAUGUUGAUAAGGGUUGUUGAUUUGUGGAUUGUUAUGGAAAAAACAGGACAACAACACCUUGAGCUUAUUAUUCAAGAUGCAAAGGGUGAUCGAAUUCAUGUCUCGACUAGGAGCCGAGACUUCAAAGAUUGGAUUGAACAAGUCAGAGAGCAUGAAACCUAUUCCCUUUAUAAUGGAGAGCCUGUUCUGAAUGAUGGACCAUACAAAGUAUGUGCUAACCCACUCAAACUUGUAUUCAAUGGAGGGACUACCAUGAAAAAUGUGGCAGUUCCAGAAAUACCGACUCACAAGUACAACUUUCACCCUAUUGAAAAGUUUCUCAAUGGAAGCUACAAACCUGACAUGUUAUAUGUACCUUUUGCAAAUGUCAUUGGCGUUUUACAGGAUGUGCUUAAGACGCAAAUGGGUGGUGGUGGUAGGAAGUCUUGCGUCAAUAUCACUUUACAUGAUAUUGAAGGAAAUGUGAUUGAGGUUGCGUUAUGGGGUGAUUACUGCAAACAGUUUAUGAACUAUAAUACCAAUGUCAAGAUGGUUGGUCCUACUAUUAUUGUUUUGACACAUGCAUGGUGCAAAAUAAACACAGUUUCUGGAACACCAAGUCUCUCAAAUGCAUGGAACGACUCUAGACUUCUCUUGAACUUGGACCAUCCCCAGGUUGAUGAAUUCAAAGCAACCUUUGGAGCAAAUGAAUUGUCCAAUGUACCUGCGCUUUUGUUGUCAUUAACUUGUGAAUCAUCCCUUCAAUCUGCUAACAAAAAUUGGACCAGCCUCAAUGAAGUCAAAAGUAUCUGUGCAAUCUAUGAAGGAAGAAAGGAUUGUUUCGCAACCACCAUUGGCACAACCAAAAGUUUCAAAGCUUCCAAGUUUGGCUGGUGUGGCAAAGUAAAGCUAGCGCAGGCCCAUGGGAAGAAGGCCCAACAGAGUUUUGUUGUCACAGUUUUCUGGAUUUUAGUCACAAAAGACAUGGCGUGA